UUUAUUCAUUUAAUUUUCGUCAUAUCGAAAAAAUAAACCAGCUAGAAAGAAAAUAAAUCUAUUUCUUGUUUUUACAAAACGUGUUUUAAUUCGUUCUUUGAAAAGCUUUAAAAUCACCCCAAGCAAAACCAUGGCUAAAAGAUUUAGCGAUGAACAACUGAAUGACCUCAAAAGUUGGCUACAUCAAUAUGGAGUGACCUACAAAAAUCUGCAUCGUGACUUUUCUGAUGCUUUGCCCCUUGCAAAUCUGCUCAAGAAAAUGUAUCCAAAACUCAUCGAUUUGCACAACUAUUCAUCGGCCAAUAGUACUCAGCUAAAAUUAAACAAUUGGGAAACUUUAAACUUCAAGGCAUUGGGCAAGCUGGGAUUGUCCCAAAAUAAGAAUAUGCUUAAUAAACUCGCCAAAGGAACGCCAGGAUUUAUUGAGUCUCUACUAAGAGAACUGAUGGUGCUCGAAAGACUAGAAAAACAAUCUAAAGUUGGGGAUCAGAAUGAACAGGAACAAAAAUGGUCUGAAAAUCAACAGAUUACCACGAUUAUGUUUAACAAACGAAUCGAUGAUAACCUGGUGCCAGUGCCGCAAAAAAUGAUCCUGUACUCCAUAUACGAACAAGCCGUAAAAGAAUCUCAGGCCAAGGAUAAUUUAAUACGGUCAGCUCAACAAAAGAUAACCCAUUUGGAAAAUGUUAUUCAAUUGAAAACAGAACGCAUUGAUGAGUUGUGCACGCAAAUGGCUAAAUUAUCGGUGAGGAGCUUAGAGCGACAACGCACUACGAUGCUGGAACAUUCCCUUAGAGGUGGUGUAUUAGUAUUGGAUGAACUUGAUAUUAAAUCACCUAAAAAUGUGUAUCGUUCAACCAAGAAUGUUACCGCUUAGCGCAGUCUACAGUUGUUGUUGUUCGCUUUACUUAAAAUAUAGACACAAAAAUAUAUCUGGACUUGCUAUUGCUAUUCAAAGCCCAAAUUUUACACCGUAAA